UCAUCAUCGUCACCAAUGCUCUAAUUGUGCAUGUGUUUCUUUUCGAAAGACGAUCGAAUCAGUUGAUGAUUUAGUCAUAGAUUGUGUUUUGGAUUGGGAUGUGUUUUGAGUCUGUCAUUUUUAAGUCUUAUGAUAUUUGGGGAUGUGAUCUUUGCAGGCAUUUGGAUAAGACUUUGGUUCUGUUAUUAUAAGAACACUCUUUUUGGAGUGCUCUUCUCGCCUGCCCGUAUCUGCCUAAAUCCAUGCUUAUAUUAAAUACAUAACAUAUCAUGUCUCUCACCGUUGAUAAUGACGUAUGUGUUCUGGAGACACCCAAUGCGUGUUCUUUUAAAAAAAGGAGUUGCUCCAAGUUGAGCUGUUCCUUGACUAAGAAGAGAAGAAGUAGCAAGGUGAUGUCCGUGGAGAUCAUCGAGGAUGAGCAUGACGCGGAGGAGUUAAAGGCAGUUGAUGCAUUCCGCCAAGCGCUUAUUCUCGAUGAACUGCUUCCGGACAAACAUGAUGAUUACCAUAUGAUGCUCAGGUUUUUGAAAGCCAGAAAAUUUGAUCUCGAGAAAACUAAACAAAUGUGGUCUGACAUGCUCCUAUGGAGGAAGGAGUUUGGCGCUGACACAAUUAUGGAGGAUUUUGAAUUUAAGGAAAUAGAUGAAGUGUUGAAAUACUACCCUCAUGGACACCAUGGAGUCGACAAGGAAGGAAGGCCCGUGUACAUUGAGAGGCUAGGUCAAGUAGACUCUACCAAGUUAAUGCAAGUUACGACUAUGGAUAGAUAUGUAAACUACCAUGUGAUGGAGUUUGAGAGGACUUUCAAUGUUAAGUUCCCAGCAUGCUCCAUUGCAGCAAAGAAGCACAUUGAUCAAAGUACAACAAUUCUUGAUGUACAAGGAGUGGGGCUCAAAAACUUCAACAAGGCAGCAAGGGAUUUGAUUACUCGUCUUCAAAAGGUCGAUGGCGACAACUAUCCCGAGACCUUGAACAGGAUGUUUAUCAUCAAUGCUGGCUCAGGAUUCAGGAUGUUGUGGAGCACGGUUAAGUCCUUCCUUGACCCAAAGACUACAGCAAAGAUCCAUGUUCUUGGUAACAAGUACCAAAGUAAGUUGCUUGAGAUAAUUGAUGCCAGUGAGCUGCCCGAGUUUCUAGGAGGUUCUUGUACUUGUGCUGACAAUGGAGGUUGCAUGCGCUCGGACAAAGGUCCAUGGAACAAUCCAGAUAUUAUGAAGAGGGUAAAUAAUGGUGACCACAAAUGCUCAAAGAGAUCUCAAGCUGAAAAUGCUGCAGAGAAUACUACAUUUGAGGAAGAUAUUGUGCACUCCAAGGGAAAUGACUCUACAGCUGAGGAAGCUCUUGAAACUGACCACUCACAGCUCUCUCCCUGUCAAAAUGUCGUAGUUGCUCACCCAGCAUGGAACAUACCAGAAGCUCACAAAUUUUCCAUCUCGCAAGGAGAUGUUUACGCUAUUCAAGAAGCUUGCAAAGCUACAAAUGAAAUUGGGAGGUCACCUGUUUUCACUGGGGUGAUGGCUUUUGUGAUGGGUGUAUUCACCAUGAUUAGAGUUACUAAAAAUGUUCCAAGGAAACUGACCGAGUCUACAUUAUACUCGACCCCAGUUUACUGCGAUGACAAGUCGACGAACAAGAGCUCAAUGCACUCGACAGCCACCAUAUCAGGGGAAGAUUUCAUGGCCUUCAUGAAAAGACUGGCUGAGCUUGAGCACAAAGUCACUAUCUUGAGUGCGCAGCCAGCAACUAUGCCUCCUGAGAAGGAAGAAAUGCUUAAUGCUGCUAUUAGCCAAUUCGAUGUCUUAGAACAAGAGCUUUCUGCAACCAAGAAGGCUCUGGAUGAUUCUCUUGGUCGACAAGAGGACCUCGUGGCAUACAUUGAGAGAAAGAAAAAGAAGAAGAAGUUGGUACGUGUUGAUCAAAUUCAAGGUCGCCGGUUCGAGUGACUUGAGAGGGACCAUAUAAAAUGUUUUGGUCUCUGGCGUGAGAAAAAUUACGGGUCUAGGCCUGGAACCUUUUACUUAUUCAAAAAAAAGAAAAAUUAAAGGCCACUGAAGACAUGAAUCAUGUGUAGUGCUUACAAGCAUUAAUUGGAUUUUGUCAUGGUUAUUUGAACUGGUGUUUUGCUUGCUUUUAUCUCUGCGCAGUUCACUUGGUGAGUGAAGAACAUGAGGACGAAGAAGCCGCUAGAGGAGUAAGCGGUUCUAAAUGGUGGAUUUGGUGCACUCAUAUCAUUGACUUAAAAAAUCCUACAGUCAUACUAAAAUUAAGUGAUUCUUGGAAGAAUUAAAUUUUGUUUUGUCUCUGUAUAUAUAUCUUCCUUAGAUGGUUUUACUCGCAUCAUACUAUGCGAGGUUUACUCGAAUUUAUAAAAAUUCUAAUGUAGUUUUAUAUACAAAGGUUAAGUAGUGUGCAUUUUUUUUGUCAUCUAAUUUUUGCACACUCUAUACGUUGAUGUAAGAAUUCUAAUGUAGUUUUUAAAUACGAAAGUUAA